AACAGGCACAUCUCUUUCAUAUUUCAUUGGUUUGUUAGGUUGAGAAACGUGUCGAAUUGAAUAUUUAUUAGUUGAAGAUUUAUAAUUUUUCAACAAGGAUUCAAAGUGACCUAGGAUAUGAAUUAUAUUAUUUCCUAAAAUACAGCUGGCUGACGGUCAUCGCGCUGUACCCUGUAUUAUAAUAUAUUUGACAAUCAUUUACUGAAAAAAGUUGAUUGUAUGUAAUUGACAAUUCCAUCUGGAAAAUCGACUCGACUUCAGGUUUAUAUCAAAUUCAAGCAAACCAUAUCCGAAGAUUACCCGAACCGACUUAAUAUCAUCCCGAGUGAAUGCUAAAGGAUGAGAAUCACAGUGCUGUUCAUCCUGACGAUAUCCUGGCAUAGAAGUGGCAUCCAAACCCAGAAGUGUGGCAAACCCGAAGUUACGCGAAAUAAUGUUUACAUCUACCGAAGACCUGAACAGUUACCAGUGAAAGUGAACCGAUGCUUAUAUAACGACACAAAACAUGCUUACUCUGACAUCACAGAAAACUGUAUGAGAGCCUUCAAAACUGGCAUAUUCCAGGACAAAUUCCAACGUGUGAAUUAUUUGAGAGAGAGAGGAUCUCCAGUACUUCUGGAAGAAUAUUACACCUUUGCGGAUCUGAUAAAAAACGAGAUUAGGCUGAGAUCUGGAGCUACAUGCAGAUAUGACAGGGGAUUUUGUUAUGAUCCCAGCGAGACCAAUAACUACGCAGUUGUCUGGGAUGUUUUCAAGAAACCCCUUCUAGCUUGUCCCACCAGACUAGAACUUGUGUUCGUAGGUUUGGCAGAUAUCUGGGAUUUCCAUGGCGGUCAGCUGAAGUAUUUGGUUUACUUAGACGAGAAGGGAGACAGAGCAUUCUAUCUCAAAAUAAUAAAAAAAGCUUAUUGUGACAACAAAAACUUACUCAUCACCGAAGGGAAUCAUUUUAUUAUAUCUCUGAUUCAGCUGGACUCAGAUUUCCACUCCGGAAUGCUUCCGAAAACAUACUAUUUUUCCAUGGAUACGAAGAAAGAAGUCAGCGAGGCUAUCAUGAGAAAUUGUGAUCUUCAGCAAUACCCACUUGAUUUCACUAACCGGAUUGGAGAUGAAUAUUUGAAAGAUUCAAAAAACUUGAAGACUAUCCUGGAAUACUAUCAACAACUUAUCAUAGGAGUGAAAUUGGACUCGGAGAGAUCGUCGACUAAGGGUGGUGUUGAUAGUAACGCUAGAAUUUUGAACAUAUUUUACAGAAAUUUAACUACCCUGGAAUUUCUUGUCAGUGACAUAAUUAAGGCAGUCAAUACCAUCAACGAUAACCUGAAGAAACUUCAGCAGGCAAGAGUGGGAGAAAAUAACAAUGCUGAUAUGAAUGUGACUAUGAGAAUCAUUCAGGAACUGCGAUCAGAAGAUAAGAGGAUUAUGAAACGGGUUGAUAAUGAACAUGAUGCCUUAAACAAUUUGGACAAAAAGAUCUCUGAUCUUGAUCGACUCAUAAGAAAUCAAAAUGUGAAAUAUCCUACUAGAACUGAGUUCAAUAGAGAAUUGUCGAACAUUCAAAAUGAAAUAAAUAACAAACUUCAGGUAUUCAUCACCAAACUGGAUUCUGUGUUGAAGGAAAACUUCACAAACUUGAAAAAUAAUGAUUCCAAGUUUCAAAAGGAUAUUGCAGAUCGAUAUGAUAAAUCGUUAGAAAAAAUUGAAAGCGACUUUGAAAACUUAGAUGAGUUGGUUGAAGACAUCAGAAAUCAAUUAGAGUCUGAAGUCAGUUCAACAAACAAAACUAUAAUCGAAAAUUUCACUCUCGUAAAGAAUAGACUAGCUAGUAUCGAGCGAGAGUUAUCGGAAAUUCAACCAUUUAUUGCAAAAUGGCGCGAAACUGAAAAUAAAACAGAAAACGUUAGAAAAGAUUUGGAAAGCCACAAAAAAAAUUUACUGGGUACAAUAUUAUUGACGGAAGGCCAUAUCAAAGCAAUUCAAACUAAUUUAACUAACACUAAUUUCAUAUUACUCAACAAUAAAUUUAAUAUCUCAGAGAUUAAAGAUCGUUUCGAGAAAUUACUGAAGAAAUUUGGUGGCAUUGACUGGGAUGUUGUCAGAAAUCUGAAGCCCGAUACAGUGUCUCACAGAGAAUUUCAAAAAGAAAUAAACAAAUCGCAGGAAGAUUAUGAGAGAAGAAUCGAAAAAGUGAUGAAAGAUUUGAACAUGGGUUUGAAACAAUAUAACAACAAUUGUUCCCAACAAUAUUCCAAUCUACGAUUCGAAGUUUUUAGAAAGAUCGACAAUUUAUCAGCAGAUGUGACACGUAAAAUAACGGAAAACGAAAAUAGAGUAAAAGAACAUUCAAAAAAGCUUAGUGAUUCUGCAAAAAUCGAUGUCAAGGAGUCUGCUUCGAAAAAUUUCACCAAUAUUCUAAGUGAUAUAAACAAACUCAAGUCUGCUUUAUUGAAUGAAAAAAAACUUGUUUUCGAAAAACUCAACGAGAAUGAGGGUGACAUAUCCAAAAUAAAAAAUGAAAUACAAAAAUACAAAACAGAUUCACUUGGAUCAGUGAAGUUAAAUGAACAAAACCUGAAGGAUUUGCAGAAAAAUAUUAACAAUACCAAUAAUAUUUUACGUAAUUCUGGAAAAGAUAUCGAGAAAAUCAAACAACAAGUUGAUGAUAUCAAUGAACACAUCUCUAGUGUUGAACAAAAAAUGGAAGAAAACAGAUUCAACACCACACAGUAUUGUAAGAAGUCAUACGAAGAUAUACUCAACCAAACUGAUGAGAAAAUAUCUCAAAUUAAAUAUUCAACACUACAAAAUAUAUCUCUGUUAGAAAGGCAGCUCACAACAGUUAAGGAAGAUUCAUUGAAAAAUCAGGAACCCAUUCGUAUAAGAGUCGAGAACAUAGAUGUUUUAUUAGAUAAGUUGAAAACCGAAUUGGAAGAAUACAAAACUGAUUCAACUUCAAAUUUUGGAGUGCUUAAAACUGAACUGAAAACAAUCCAUGAAAAUUUCAUUGAAACAAAAAAACGAUCUAAGAAUAAUGGAGCGGAAACAACGAAAGUUAAAGAUGACCUAGAUGAAGUAACAAAAAAAUUAGAUGGUUUUCAGAAGACCAUCUUAGAGUAUAACACAGAUGUGAAGACUUUGAACGACUCAAUUCAGUUGCAUGGAAAAAGUAUCUCACAGAUUUUUCCAAAACUGGUUCAAUUUAGAAAAGAAGUUGAUGUCAUCAAUUCCCACGGGUUGAAUAUUACAGAUGAUGUCCAUAACCUUGAAAAAGCGGUAGAUCAGAUUGAAACAGAAAUAUUCAAAGUUAAGGAUGUUCCUGUGAAAAUUAAAAUGCAAGGAAACGAAAUAGAUAACCUAAAACAUCAAGUGGAAGCUCUUGGCACUGACGCAACGAAGAAAGCCGAAGAGAAUAAAAUGGAUUUUGAAGCUAUUAAACAAAAUAUGUCAGACAUAUCAAAAACUUUAAAAAACGAAGACACGAAAAUCACUGAUCUGAAAUCAGGACUACAAGAUAUUCUAGGUAAACUUGGUGAAAAUGAGGAACUAGUUAAAACGUCUAAACAAGAAUGCUUGAAUUAUGUUAAUACGAGAAUGAAGUCUGUGACGGAAGAGAUAGCGCAGAUUCAUGAUCUGAUUCUGAAGAAAAAUGAAGAACUCAGAAGAGUUGAGACUGACCUGAAUGAAAAAUUGACCACAUGUUGUGAUGAAACUAGGAAAGAACUGAGAGAUAAGGAUAUGCUCAUAAAACAUCUCCAGGAAAGUUUAGAUAAACUUUCGAAACAAGUUAGUGAGAAUAAUAGUAAUAUUGCCAAAAUUAACAAACUUAUCGACCAGAAUUUGAAUGGAGAACCUGAACCUGCCAGACAAUGAAAUAAUGUUAAACAGCUUCAGUUUUAGUAACUUGAUAUAUUUUAUUCGGUAGAUAAAUGAAUAUAAGCUAGUUGAAUGAUGAGGCUAGAGUAAAGAUUUGUUAUUGUCUAGAAGACUGUUGAUUAAUCAAUUAAGUUCGAAACUGAAAUAUAAUAUUUAUAUAAA